AUGUGGCGCGUGCUGAUUCAAAACUGCCAUCAUCGUGCGUGGUCGUAUGUCGACGCAAUCCGUGGUUUUCACGUAUCGACAUGGCCCUCGCGACUCUCGCGCUUAUCCCGCGCACGUCCCAAUAUGAAUGGGGCGCCUCAUCGGCGGCCUAUGGUAUUUCGCAUUCACACUCCAAGCAUAGGCUUGGCCAUCGGAUUUGUUCUUACAACAUCUGCUCUUGCUUUUACAAGCUGUGCGGCCUGGUCGACUCACUCAAAUGAGCGUCUUUUCCACGGAUCUCAUUCUUUGUAUUCACUAUCAUCUCUUCUUGGCGUACGGCGGAAUUCUGAGCUGCUGGUACAAGACGAACAUGCUGAGCGUUGGGCUGGUGGAUAUCAUCGCCUUGUCCAAUAUUUACAGGCAUUUCCUCAGACUGUCCGCCAAGUAGGUCUCGACGUGUACGAGGGUAUCGCCGAUGCGUAUAUGGCUCUACCAACGUACCAACAAGCGGCUGUGCCACUCGUUGCACUCAACACAGCAGUUUUCGUCGCAUGGCUUCUAUCACCCGCUCUCGGUACUUCCGCUUGGAUGCAGCGCUAUUUUGUGCACCGGCCGAGCUCAGUUCGCGUCAUUACACUACUAACGUCUGUUUCGAGUCAUCAAUGGUUCCCACAUUUUCUUUUCAACAAUAUAGCCCUGUGGUCUGUUGGAAGUAGUGCAAUUCAAGCGUUACCUCGCAACGAAACCCAUGGAAACAUUCCCGAAGCUGACACGUUUCCGCAAUUUCUUGCAUUCUAUAUAUCCGCUGGGCUUUUUGCCUCUCUCGCGAGUCACUUGGCUGUUGCUUUCCGUUGGCGGCUGCCUUCACUCACUCCUGCAGAACGUGCCGGACUCUCUCGCCGUUCCAGCCUUGGCGCAAGUGGUGCGAUUUAUGCGGCUUUUGCUUUGUGUGCAUGCACGAUGCCUCAAGUACAGCUAAGGUAA